UACAGUAAUUCGUUAGCUAAGGACAAGCCCUUAAAUCGAUACUUUCAAAAAGAGUAAGUGAGUAUAGCGUUUUGUAAUUCAAUUUCAUGGACUAUAUGGAGAGUAGUGAUGGGUGCAUGCGUGGAGUCCACUAAUAAUGAGGAAUUCUUUCUAUAUAUGGCUAGAAGUGAUACUGUAAGGGCUCCCAUGGAAAAUUAUGUUGGAUAUAGUGGAGUGAGUGAUAACAUUUUCCAUAGAGAGAGAAAGGAAGAAACAAUAAAAGCUUUAUUGAAGGGGACGAUAAUAAGUUAUACAUUCUUGAUGGAUGUGCGAAAUCCUCUCUGUUAGUACUUGGUGCUUUAUUGAAAUAAUGAGGUUAAAGCUUGCCGUCAACGUUGCUUAGCUUGAUUGCUUUGCAUCCGGAUGGAUCGGAAUCGAUAGUCCAGAGCCAUCAAUUAUGGGUAGGAAAAAUCAUAAUGCUAUUUGUUGAAUUAAACGUUAAUGGACGUGAAUGUCCCAAACUUUAACUAAAGAAUUAAAUGGCAAAUAUGGAAAAGCAAAUAAUAGAGCCUCGUUCGUUCUCAUUAACAUCACAUGAUGAUUCCUAAUCACUCGCCUUGGAAACCGCUUAAUGUGUUGUUAGCAGGCACAAAAUAAAUAAUAAUUUGCGCCAUUUUAUCUUCCCAGAUGAUAGUCUCUCUCCCCGGAAGCCCAUAAUGCCGCAAGGAACCCUUGAAGUCCUUCUUGUCAGUGCCAAGAAACUUGAGAAUACUGAUUUUCUUUGUAAAAUGGACCCCUUCGUGAUUCUCACAUGCCGUACUCAGACGCAGCAAAGCAGUGUUGCAUCAAACCAGGGAACGAAUCCAGAAUGGAAUGAGACGUUUGUGUUCACCGUGUCUGAAGGCGUUAAAGAUAUCCAUUUGAAGAUCAUGGACCAAGAUCUCGGCACACGUGAUGACUUUGUUGGAGAACUUACCAUUCCACUGGCUUCGGUGUUUGCUGAAGGAAGAGUUCCACCCCAUUCAUACACCGUUGUCAAGAAUGACCACUAUUGUGGGGAGAUUAGACUUGGCCUGAAAUUUACGCCCGAUCAAAACCGUAAUCGAGGUAUGGACGAAAGUUUUGGUGGUUGGAAGGAGUCUGCUGCUUAUUACUGAGACCAAAUAUUUUUGAAUUCUUUAUUAACAUUAACAUAAUUUAAUUUCUAAACUUGUACCACAUGAGGAUCUUGAUAUUAGUUGGCCAUUGUAGGAACUUUAUUUUGAGUAGAAUUAGUACUAUACACGCUAAAUUAGUUAUAAUUUGGUUGCUUCAUGUAUGUAAAUCUCUAUAUCACCAAUGAAGUUAUAAUUUUGAAAA